AUGACCGGCCGCGGCAACGCUGGAGGGCGAAAGACGCUCCUUGCGCCGAUUCACUUUAUUUUCAAGCUCCUGCAACAACGCUCCACGGUGUCGAUUUGGCUAUAUGAGCAGCUCUCGUUCCGUAUAGAGGGGAAAAUUCGUGGAUUCGAUGAGUUUAUGAAUCUUGUGGUGGAUGAUGCUGUCGAGGUCCGCUUGGCGACAAAGAGUGAGGAGGAGAAGAGACGGAAUUUAGGUCAAAUCCUUCUCAAAGGCGAUAACGUAUCACUCAUUCAAGCCGUGCAAUGA